CGAGCAUCGAGACUUCAAGAGUGGCCUGCGACGGCGGCGAAGUGUUCCUCCAUGACGACUGCUUUAGCUGCGCUUCAAUUCGCCUUCCUUUCUCCACCCGCUUCCAAGAAGCUUCCAUACUCCAAUGCGGGUAUUGUUCAGCUGUUUUUCAGCUCUUCUGGGCGUAGAAAUGGUGUACAGUUUGUGGCUUGUAAUGCUUCCAGUUCAAGAAAUGGAAAAGGUGCUUUUGACCCAGAAUUGCGUUCUGUGCUUGAUCUCGCCACGAAUUCCGAAUUAUAUGAGCUUGAACAAAUCCUCUUCGGUCGCAGUUACUUCAGCCCUUUGAUGAAAUCGAUUACAAACCAUGGCGAAACUGACUAUGCUAUGAUUGAGGAAGACCUUGAAGAGAGAGAUGAUUUUAUUUCAAUGCUCGAGUCUCGAUUCUUAUACCUUGCAGCCGAUGCCCGGUCGACAUUAAGGGGUUGGAGACCAUCUUAUAGAGAUGUCUUGCUUACAGUGAGAAAAAAGUUAAACGUUCCUUGCUCAACUAAGUUGUCUUCCGAAGACCUUGAAGCAGAAAUAUUUCUUCAUUUGUUACAGGAAUACUCGAGUGAAGAAUCAGUGAGGCAGUCUAACCUUGAAGGUAGUCUACAACUUGGACUCAAUCAGUGGAAGGUGCAAACUUUAGCAGCCACUGAUGGAGCAUCUGACCUGCCAUCCUUGAUAUUAAAGGGCGGUAGUUUGAUAACCGUGGUUAAAAUGUUUCAAGUGUUUGCUAGGACUUUAUCUGGAAAGAUGUUCCGAGAAGCGGCCAACUAUCAAAUUAAAAAGGAAAUCAUCAAAAAGGGUGGACAGUUAGCUGCAGCCAAUCUCGAGUCGAGAGUUGCCUUGCUCGUUGCCCAAAAGGGUCUUGCAGGUGCUGCUUCAAGAUAUCUUGGUUUUAGAAGCAUUAUGACCUUGCUCGGCCCAAUGUUUUGGGGAACAUUUCUGGCGGAUAUGGUCAUUCAGAUGAUGGGAACUGAUUAUGCUAGAAUUUUACGAGCAAUUUAUGCUUUUGCACAGAUUCGGAUUACUCGCACGUAUAGACUACCGUCAUCCUCCAGUGACCAAGAGAGAAUUUGAGCUUUUUGAUGCUAGCAAAUCACAAUAUAAUCAACAUAAAAGAUCGAUCUUGCUAGGCUUGUUGAGCUACAUCAAUGGAGGAACUGUCUUGUUGCCCAUCACCAACAAAGCUUUGAUCAAACAAGCCUUUACUUCCAUCUAUGUAUAUAGCAAGCUCAUUUCAAGUCAUAUGCAAAUGUUUUGUAUUUUAUAACCUUUGGUUAUUGGUUAUGCAUCUGAUGGAGUUUCUAUGAGUAAUUUAAUGAAGGAUUAUAUUC